CUGGCGCGGAAACGCGCCAAUGGUGAGUGGAGACCCCCUCCUCUGACACCGUCUCCGCGCCGGAUCCGGGGGUUUCCAAGUCGGAUUGGGAUCGGGAUCGGGGUCGGGAUCCAAAGCUGACAAUCUCCCCCAUCCCACAUGCAGACCGCGAGGCCCAGCGUGCCAUCCGCGAGCGCCAGCGCCAGCGCAUGGAGCAGUAUGAGCGCGAAAUCGCCGAGCUCAAGGCCCAACAGCCCUACCAAGAGCUGCAGGGCGUGCUGCGCCAGAAGGAGGCCGUCGAGGCCGAGCUGGCCGACGUGAAGCGCUGCUUGGCCGCCAUCGUGGCCAUGAUCCAGCCCGUUCUCGGUGGUCCUGCUGCUGGUGCUGUGCCGGCUGGCUCGCCGUCUCCCGGCCAGAGCCAUCAUCCUCCAGCACGGCCGCUCACAGCACCAUCGACGGACAACUCUGCGUCGACGCCGACGAGCGUCACCUCUCCCGUGUCCGUGUCCGCCGGGCCUCACGGCCAUUGGCAGAGCAGCAGUCCCUCGCCAGCGGUGCUGCCGGGUAGCAUCGACGGGCCGCCGCAGCAGGCGCCCGAGCUGGCGAUCCUGCGCCAGCAGCGCUACCAUCUCGCCCACGGGCUGGACCUGGGCUCCGAGCGGCUGGCCCUCGGCUUCCUGGUCGACUCGAGCACCAAGAUACCCCGCAUCAAGACCGGCGUCGACGGCGCGCAGGAUUCGGGCCAGUACCGCCACGUGCCCAUGAAGCACGACUGGACUGCCGCAGUGUCAGCGAUGCCCGCCGGUAUGCAACCACCCCCGCCGGCGCACCCGCCGGCGCACCCUCCCAUCUACGCGCAGCCAGCUCCCCUCCCCGGCGUCAUCCCGACCUCGGCGCCGUUCCCCCUUCCCGCGCACGCCACCUGCGCCGCCUCCCCCUCCGCCCCUUCUUCCUCCACCGUUGCUGUCGCCGACCCGCCGAUCUACACUCUCACCCCGCGCAACUGCCCGCCCACCUGCCCGCUCGACUCGAUCCUCCUCGACUUCCUCGCCGAGCGCCGCCAGCGCUUCGCCGAAGGCCACUCGGCCGCCGAGAUCCUCGGGCCGCGCUACCCGUCCGUCUCGUCGCUGCUCAACCCGGCCGUGUCGGUGCACGCCCACCCGCUCUCCAAGGUGUUCACCGACAUCCUGGCGCGCUUCCCGCACCUGUCGACGCUCCCCGAGCGCACUGCCGUGCUGUACCUCAUGUUCCUGCUCAUGCGCUGGAUGGUCCUGCCGACGCAGGCCAACUACGACCGCCUGCCGCCCUGGUACCGGCCCCUGCGCGUGCAGAUCGACCACCCUUCCGAUUCCAGCCCGGGCCCUUCCGACCCCGGCCCCGGCUUGGGGGCGCACGCCGCCCGCGGGCACCCGGCCUGGUACGACUACCUGCCGUUCCCGCGCAUGCGCGAGCGGCUGGUGCGCGCGUACGCCGGCCCCGCCGACUUCCCGUUCGAUGACUUCUUCAUCCCCUUCACGUCGACGCUGAGCGUCAACUGGCCGUACGACGACGCGCUCGUGCUGCUCGCCAGCCCCGUCGACGACGAGCUCAUGAUCAACCCCGUCUUCGAGCAGCACCUGGGCGUGCUGGCCAACUGGUCGCUCGGCGAGGCCUUCCACCGCGCCUUUCCCGACCUGGCCGGGUGCUAUAAUUUGAAGAAGGGGAGUUGAUGGCGCGGCAGUUCCGGGGGGGGUGGGGUUGAGGUCGCGGACGCAGGAUGCGGAGAGAAGGGGAUCUACCUACGCGUUUACGACUUGAACUUUGAGGAGGGAAGGGAGAGUUCUUACAGGAGCGGAAUUGGAAAAGCCUGCGCAUUGAGCAGCCCAUUGGUGGGCAGAUACCACAACU